AUAUUGGGAAAAUGGAAAUGGGCUCUUGAAAACUCAUCAAACCAAAAAUGACUUUCUCUGUUUCCAAUAGGCCAUUGAGGAAGAAGGGGGAGACCCUGAUGAAAUGCCAGUGGCUUCAGAAGUUAGCAAUAAAAGAACACCAAAGAGAACUAGCAAAGGGCGAAAACCAGAAGAAGGCAUUGAAGACAAUGGACUGGAGGAAAACUCUAGAGAUGAACAGGAGGAUAUUGAAGCAAGUUUGGAUAACUUGCAGGAUAUUGACAUGAUGGAUAUUAGUGUGUUAGAUGAAGCUGAAAUAGAUAAUGGCAGUGCUGUAGACUGUGGAGAGGAUUACAGUGCUGAUAAUAUUCUUGACUCACUGUCUGAUAGUAAAGACAAUAUUGAUGCAGAAAUGAAAGAACUUCCAGACCAACUUACAGAAAAUGAGGAAGACUGUGAGGAAAUUGGAAACAACGUAGAUGCUGCCUCAUCUGAUUUAAAUAUCAUGAAGAAAAUCGAGGAAUCACCCUUGGAGCCAGAAAAUGAGAAAAUACUCGAGAUUUUGGGGGAAACUUGUAAAUCUGAACCACUUAAAGAAGAAAUUUCCGAAGUGGAGCAGCCAUAUGCACAAGAAGCAAGUAACGCCGUGGCAGGCAAAAAGCUAGCAGAGGAAGAGGACGCUCUUGCUGCCAGUCAGUCGGAGGAAGAUGCUUUAGAUUUGGACAGCAAGUCAGCACAAGAUCUUUCAAGGAAGGAAGCAAAACAUUUAGUUGUAGCAAAAGGGGAGACAAGUGAACAGACAAUAGAUGAAGAGAAAAUGGACUCUGAAUCUUUAGUAGUAGAAAACAUAAGUGAUCAGAGUAGCAAACCAUCACAAGAUCUGGAAGCCUCUAGUGGGGAAACAGCGGAUAAAGAUGCAGGUCCUGAAAUCAAAGAUAGUAAAGAAGAUGCCAAGAAAACAGAAGACAAAGCUAAUUCUGAAGAAUCAUCUGCUACUAAAGAGUCCUCUACCAAUGAGGGCGGUGAUCAGAAAAAGAGCCCUGAGGAGGACAGAGAUACAAAGACAGUGUCAAAAGAUGAGAAAGGUCGCGCUAGUAGCAGUUCUGGUAGAAACUUUUGGGUGAGUGGACUUGCCUCCACUACUAGAGCUACAGACUUGAAGAAUCUUUUUAGCAAAUACGGAAAGGUGGUUGGUGCAAAAGUGGUGACCAAUGCUCGCAGUCCUGGUUCUCGCUGCUAUGGGUUUGUUACAAUGUCUACAGCUGAGGAGGCAACAAAAUGUAUUACACACCUUCACAAAACAGAGUUACAUGGAAAAAUAAUUUCUGUAGAAAAAGCAAAAAAUGAACCUGCUGGAAAAAAACCUACAGAGAAAAAAGAGAGUGAAGUGAAGAAGGAGACAGUUGUCAGUGAGAGGUCUGGCAGUGUUAAAAAGGAUGAGAAGACUGACCAACAAGAUGAUGCUAAGAAAGCAGAAGGAAAAGAUGAAAAAGAAGAGAAGGAUAAAGAUGAGCUGAAGUCUGGGUCAUCAGAUCAACUGAAGACUACAAAAUCAGGAAGUAAGGGAGCAGAGAGGAUAGUAGUAAUGGACAAAUCCAAAGGAGAACCUGUUAUUAGCGUGAAAACUUCAACUACAUCAAAAGAGAGAAGCCUUAAGAGCCAGGACCGCAAAUCAGAGAGCAAAGAGAGACAAGGUAUUGUGCCAUUCGACAAAAUCAAAGCACAGCGAAAAAUUAGAGAGGCAGAACAACGCCGCACCCGUGAGCGUCGGGAGAGACAGCAGCAUUUGCAAACCAUACGGGAACGAGAAGAAAGAGACAGGCUUGAGAUCGCUCGAGAGCGCCUACAGAUUGAACGAGAGCGCCUGGAGCGAGAGCGGAUGGAAAGAGAGCGCCUGGAGCGAGAGCGAAUGCACAUAGAACAUGAAAGGAGACGAGAACAGGAUCGCAUACAGCGAGAGAGAGAGGAGCUGCGUCGUCAGCAUGAGCAACUUCGCUAUGAACAGGAACGGCGAUCGGCACUGAGAAGACCAUAUGACAUAGAUGGGAGGCGAGAUGACUCCUACUGGCCAGAGGCAAAGCGAAUGGCGAUGGAUGACAGAUACCAUUCUGAUUUUAGCCGCCAAGAUCGCUUCCAUGAUUAUGACCACAGGGAUCGUGGCCGAUACCAAGACCAUUCUAUGGACAGGAGAGAAGGAUCAAGAACAGUGAUGGGAGAUCGCGAUGGGCAGCAUUAUGCAGAUGAGCGCCAUGGAGGACCAGAUCGUCAUUCACGAGACUCACGGGACAGUUGGGGUGGAUAUGGGUCUGACAGAAGAAUGAGUGAAGGGAGAGGGAUUCCUCCACAGUCUCGAGAUGGACGUGAUUGGGGAGAUCAUGGUCGAAAGUUUGAGGGACAUAAAGAUCGUUCGUGGCAGGGCAGUGCAGAUGGAAUGAUGGGACGGGAUCAUGAGAGAUGGCAAGGUGGUGGUAGAGGCAGACCAGGCCAUGCAGUGCAUCGGGGAGGCCUGUCAGGGCGUGGCAGCUUCAUGCAGAGUGGCAGUCAAGGCCAGAUGGUGCAUGGCGGAGGGAUUCAAGGGGAAGGAUUUGCAGGCCAGGAGAGAGCAAACAGACCCAAUGACCCUCGUUUCAACCGUCGCUACUGAAUGUGUUUUAAUUUUUUAAUGUGAGAUGGCAACAGAGGUGAAUUCUCUAUUACCCAGGGUUACCGUUAAUUGUAACCGAUGGGUUACCGUAAAUGUGUAAUUUUUUAAGCUGCUGCCAUAUUAUAUAGCUCACUGCAAUGUGAACUCCUUUGUUUUUGUAAUGUGUUGUUCAUACCCCAUUUAAAAUGUUAGUCGAUGAAGCAUUCCAUUUUCCAUAAAUAAAACCAGUUUACAGUUAA